CUAACUCUGAGGCUUUCUUCUCCCUUAGCUCCUCUGUUUUCCGUUUACACAAUUUCAAUCCAUCUCUUUUUCUCACAUGUCAUUAACUAAACUUCAACUUCCAUACUUCUGGAAAUUCAGAUCCUUGUUUUAGAAUAUAGUUUUAUUUCUUUCAGCACGAGCUGGUUGAGUUUUGAAUCUUAGAAUAAACCCUCCAUGAGGGUAGCACCCUGUUUAAGGUCCGCGUCUGUAUCCUGUGUUUCCCCCGCUUCUAUGGAACGAGGAAGGGCAUGUGUGUGUAUUGAAAUGUGAUUUUCAUUGGUUAUACAGAGAAGGUAUAGAAGAGAAAGUAAUCAAAACCCAGAAAUGGACUCAUUAGAGAAGCAGAGAGAGUUUGCCGGCGACGAUCAGGAGUCGCCGAGAGGUAUACUGGAAAUCCCUGUUUCAGGCACAGAAUCUGAUCACAGCGGAAGCAGCAGCAUCUACAGCUCAAGCUCGCCGGAGAAGUCGUCGGAGGCGGAGAGAGUGAACGUGAGGGAAGGGUUGGGACAGCCAUGGAAGGCGAUGAUGGAGUCGUUCAAGAAGAAGUCAGCGCAGAGAAUAUCGGCCAUUUCAUUACUUACAGCAAGCUACGAGAUGUCAAGGAAAAGCUUGAGGAAGAGGAGAAUGGAACGGAUUCGAAGCGCAGAAGAGGGAAUCAAUCUGGGAGCCAUACCCACAAAGCCUUCAUGGAGGAACUUCGAUUACGCAGAGCUACAAGCAGCAACCGACGAUUUCAAUCCAGAGAACCUGAUUGGACAAGGUGGGCAUGCUGAAGUCUACAGAGGACGUUUACCGGAUGGUCAACUCGUGGCAGUGAAGAGGCUAAUGAAGAAAGAGAAAGAAAAUGAGGACAGGGCGGGUGACUACUUAUCAGAGCUAGGCAUUAUUGCCCACAUAAACCACCCAAAUGCUGUGCGUUUGAUAGGAUUUGGGGUCAACAAUGGUCUCUACUUUGUCUUGCAAUUAGCCCCACAUGGCAGCCUUUCUUCUCUGCUAUUUGGUUCUGAAUGCUUGGAGUGGAAGACAAGGUUCAAGGUAGCUAUUGGUGUGGCACAGGGCUUGCAAUACCUGCAUCAUGAUUGCCAAAGAAGAAUUAUUCACAGAGACAUCAAGGCCUCCAACAUAUUACUAAACGAAAAUUACGAAGCUGAGAUUUCAGAUUUUGGACUCGCGAAAUGGCUGCCAGAGAAGUGGACUCACCAUGUUGUCUUCCCAAUAGAAGGCACAUUCGGGUAUUUGGCUCCAGAGUAUUUUAUGCAUGGAAUUGUGGAUGAAAAGACUGAUGUGUUCGCCUUUGGGGUUUUGCUGCUGGAACUCAUUACAGGUCGUCGAGCAGUUGAUUCAUGCAGCAAGCAAAGUUUGGUCCUCUGGGCAAAACCACGACUAGAAGCACACAAUGUGAAGGAAUUAGUAGACCCACGAUUAGAAGAAGCUUAUGAUUCCAUUGAAUUGAAGAGGACCAUGCUUACUGCUUCCAUGUGUCUCCACCAUUCAUCUUCCCACCGUCCAUACAUGAAACAGGUUGUGCAGCUGCUGAAGGGUGAAGAGGGACUCGUUGAUGUUAAGCAGAAGUCAGUACCGACAAGAUCCAUCUUGUUAGAUGCCAGCGACCUCGAAGAAUAUACUUGCUCUACUUACUUGAACGAUCUCAAUCGUCAUAGGCAACUAGUCAUGGAGUGAUCAUGCCUAAUCGCUGUGCUCUCUUUGAUGAGGGGUUUCCUGUUAUGUUCUUGUUUAUGCAAAAAAUCCUUGGCAUGAUCUUGGUAACGCAUUGUGUAGAACAGCCAAUGUCACUCGCUUCAGUCUCAAUUGAAGCUUUCGAGUUUUCCAAUGAAGCUUGAAAUUUGGAGUGAACUUGUAACAAGCAGUAAUCAAGAAGUAUGGUUUUUAUCAGCACAAGGCACAGAGUGACCUGAGAGAAGCUAUUUCGGCCCCAGAAAAAAGGCCCAUUGUACAUCCCCAGAGAGUGUUUGUACCUUUUAUAUUCUGGA